AUGAAGAAGUUGAUGAGAAGGCUUUCUAGAGUAGCUGAUUCUUCACAGUUCUGUCUUUUGCGGGCGGAAUCCAGGGCGGCGAGGCCUCGUCGAUCGGGAUCUUUCCGAAAGAGGUCUGGGGGAGUGCCGGAGGGCCACCUGCCGGUCUACGUAGGCGAGGAAAUGGAACGAUUUGUAGUGAGCGCUGAGCUUUUGAAUCACCCGAUCUUUGUAAAGCUGCUCAAUAAAUCGGCACAAGAGUACGGCUACAAGCAGAAAGGCGUGCUCCGGAUCCCCUGCCACGUUUUCCUUUUUGAGAGGGUGCUGGAGACUCUUCGAAUCGGCGGCGAGUCACGUGACCUCCAGGACCUCCUCAACUCACUCUCCGAUGAGUUGUAUUAG